AUGUCUGAUGUUCAAGAAGCCACUAACCAGCUCCUGGAUGUGAACCUUCGUGAGAACCAGAGGUCGAUACGUUUGGGGUCAUCGUGCAAAAUCAGCAAAGACCGGGGCAAGAUAUAUUUUGACAUUUCAGUGGAAAGUCUGGCUCAGGUUCACUGUCUGAGAUCAGUUGAUAACUUAUUUGUGGUUGUUCAGGAGUUUAAGGAUUACCAGUACAAAGAAAAAAAGGAAGAAGUUCUAAAGGAUUUUGAGGACUUGGCUGGGAAGCUUCCAUGGUCAGACCCUUUAAAAAUAUGGAAAAUUAACACUUUCAAGAAAAAAAAAACAAAGCACAAAAAGAUAAAUCAGAAUUCAAGUAAAGAGAAGACUGAAAGUGGACAAGGAGACAAAACAGAUGAGAGAGAUGUCAAAAAGUUCACUAACAAUGUCUUAGAUUCACAGAUCUUAGACUAUUAUGAAAAUCCAGCCAUCAAAGAAGAGAUAUCAACAUUAGUAGGUGUUGAUUUGACAUCUUGCAAAGAUGAGACUGAGGAAAGCUCAAAAGAAGAAACUGAUCCUGAAGUGCUGAAGUUUAGAGUCACAUGCAACAGGGCAGGAGAGAAACAUUGCUUUUCCUCAAAUGAGGCGGCAAGAGAUUUUGGGGGUGCUGUUCAAGAUUAUUUUAAGUGGAAGGCUGACAUGACCAACUUUGAUGUGGAGGUUCUUUUGAAUAUCCAUGAUAAUGAAAUUGUUGUGGGCAUUGCAUUGACAGAAGAGAGUCUCCACCGAAGAAAUAUCACACAUUUUGGACCCACAACUCUUAGAUCUACUCUUGCCUAUGGGAUGCUCAGGCUCUGUGCUCCUCAGCCUACUGAUAUAAUAGUUGAUCCGAUGUGUGGAACAGGGGCAAUAUCAAUUGAGGGGGCUACAGAAUGGUCUAACUGUUAUCACAUUGCUGGUGAUAAUAAUCCGUCGGCUGUGAAUAGAGCAGCAAAUAACAUCUCAUCUUUAUUGACCAAGAGCCAAGUGAAAGAAGGCAAACUGUCCUGGGGCUUGCCCAUAGAUACUAUUCAGUGGGAUAUCUGCAACUUGCCACUAAGAACUGGCUCUGUGGACAUUAUUGUAACAGACAUGCCAUUUGGAAAAAGGAUGGGCUCCAAGAAGAGAAACUGGAACCUUUAUCCAGCUUGCCUACGGGAGAUGAGCCGUGUCUGUAGGCCAGGGACAGGCCAAGCUGUACUACUGACCCAGGACAAGAAAUGCUUUAUCAAGGCAUUAUCUGGAAUGGGACACCUAUGGCGGAAGGUACAUACCAUCUGGGUCAACAUAGGGGGUCUUCAUGCUGCAGUUUAUCUUCUGAAACAUACACCUCAAACUUUUGUUCAUCCUUCAGAACAAGAUGGAGAAAGAUCUCCUUGGUAAUGCAAAGACUGAAGAUGAUUAGUAGUGCUGUCAGUGCUUCCUGACAGUGGAAAUGUCAGCAUGAGGAACUUGCUUUGAGAGAAAAAUAGUAUUAAUGGAAGUGAAGUUUGGUGUAAAUCUCUUCACCCUAGAUAGCAAAAGGUGUGAAGAGAAUGGAACAAGCCUUAAGAGAAAGCAGAGCUUUUCUUUGGAGCUGUUGUAGUUGGGCAAUUAGUACUUUUCUUAAAAUGCUUUAAAGAUGCUGAGCCUACUAAAGUACUCUGGGAUUUGGGUUUAGAACAUUUUAUUUUCAGGCUUUAUAGCAGUUCCUGUUUUCCACUGUAGCAGGUGGAAAGCUACCCUGGCCUAAGGGAAAGGCAGAGAGCAUAAUCAGAUCAUGAGGUUACAUUUCAUUGCCUCUGCAGCUUUGUUAUUUAGUUGCUCAGAUUCUUCUCCUCAACUUUAAAAAAUGAAGCAUUAUUACACUUUGUAAAAUAGUGUUUGCCCCAUGACAAGAUGAAAUCUCACAAGACCUACAGAAAAGUUUACUAUCUGCUUUAAAAAUUACAGUAUGCAUCUGUUAUUCAGAUUAAUAGAACUAAAUAGACAUUUCUAUUUGUAAACAGCAGUUAUUACACUGGUAGAUGAAGUAUGGGACCAA